GACUUUCCGUAGUUCCCCCUGUGUCUUCAUGACGUCACAGCUUUGCUUAAAGAGAAAAGGCUGCUGCUAAACUUUCUUGUUUUUGAUCUCAGGUUUCCUCCGUUUCCACGACUCUAAAAGUCUCCCCAGCUGUCAGCAGCAGCAGCAGCUGGCCUGUGGAGAGAGAGAACCAUGCUCCGCUGCAGGAGGUGUCGGAAAGGCAUCAUAGACUCAGCAUGUUUGUCAAUGGUUGAGGCCACAGAUGAGAGCUCAGCUGCUGUUUGCAGUAUUUGGCACGUGAAUGUUGACACACUGCCAGAGUGGAUACUGACAGCAGUUCACCAGGCCCAGUGGACUGUAGGAAAACUGAACUGCCAGAACUGCGGAGCUCGUUUGGGCGGCUUCAACUUUAUAAACCGCAGUGAGUGUCCCUGUGGCCGGGACGCCACCGUCCACCUCAACAAAAGCCGCGUGGAUCGUGACCACAAACACUACGUUCUCAUCGUCCAGCCGAGGAGGACGAGGCCUGAGAAGGAACCGGCUGGUCUGCUGACAGACGGCUCCCAGAACAGAGAGCAGAGGCCUGAACUAAACAGGACCGCGCUGGACAGUUUACAGCUUAACUGUGCUGCUGUCAUGUCCCACAUCAGCCCUGCUGAGGCCUCCAGUUCACUGACUGACAGUGAAAACACCCAGUCAUUUUCAUUCAGUCCUCUCUACUGCAUCUCUCACAGGAGACGGUGCAGUUUGGAAGAUGACGUCGCCAUCAGGUCGUCGUGUUUUUGCCCUGCGGGCCCUACAGUCAGGUCUGCUGUUGAGAGUACGAUGACAGGGACACAUGAGUCUACACGGUCACCUGUCUCGUAUCCCACAAGUCAGCCGUUUGAAAUUGAUGGUGAAGCCUCAGUCGGUGCCGUCGCCUGCCGUUCAUUUGUUUCUGGAAGGACACGGUCACCUCUGGAUCGACAGCUGCUGCAUACUGUGGAGGACGUCGAGUCUUCUCCAGAGACCUCGGCUGUCCACGAGGAGGUUCCUGUUUCAGCCCUGUUCCUCAGAGGGAGGUCCAUCUCCGACAGUGUGGCCGAGCAGGAUGAUGAAGUGGUGCCUCAAGCCUUCAUGGCCUCCCCAGCCUCAAACAGACUGAGCAAAAGAGAGAAGAACCGUCUUAAGAGUCUUCGGAGGAAACAGAGGAGGAGAGAGCGAUGGCUGCACAGCCAGCUGGAGCAGGCCGAAAGUGUGAGCGGUUUACUGUUGGACAGCGAGGAGGAGGACAGAGAGGGCCUCACCUGCGCCGUGUGUCUCGAGGUGUACGUCAGUCCGUACAGCUGCCAGCCCUGCGGACACGUCUUCUGCGAGCCGUGCCUCCGCACAAUCGCCAAGAACCGGCCGACGAACACACCCUGCCCUCUCUGCCGCAGCCUCAUCUCACACACCACCAUCCACAAAGAGCUCAACCAAACAGUUCAGACCUUCUUCCCGAAAGUGUACAACGCCCGCAAGCAGAACUUCCAGAGUGCUUCGUGUGCAAAAUGGCCUCUGCCCAGCUGUCGCAAACGCUUCCGUACCUUCUGGGGAGAACAGAGACAGGCAGCAGCGGCAGGGAGACGCUGGCACUUUGUCCACGGAGGUUUCACGCUGGAUGCUUUGGACUUCACCGACAUGCGCGGCUGGCUCUUCGACAUCGGCCUGGUCAUCGUCUACAUCCACUCAGUCAACUGGAUCCUGGCUUUCCUCUUCCUCUGUUUCCUCAUGUACUACUUCUUCUUUUGAGACACUGAGGAACGCUCUAGAGUUUGCAGUGCAGGUUUAUCUUUCUUUUCUUUUAAAGUCAGUUAUUUCAGCGGUAAAGCAUCUCAGAAAUAGCAGAGGUGGUCGUGCCAUACGUAGAAGCGAGGAGCAGGAAUCUGAACAUUUGCAGGUUUGAAAUACGCACGGAUGGUUUAGAGUUUACAAUAUGUGUUAUCUGACUGCAAACUAACUAUGUUAUGAUGAUUUGAACAUAGCUUCUUUUAGCCAUUGUUAAGUACUCAUGGUGUAAGUGCAAUAAUACACUGUGAGGUGUCCUGAUAUACAGAAAUAAGUACAGAAACAUGCCACUGCCUGAAGCAGAGUGACAUUUCUUCUGUUAAUUCUGUUACUCUGGAAUAAGGAAAACCUCGUCAAAUGCGUGCUGUUUGGUAGUGAAACCUUUGGUUUGUGGUAGUACUGUUUGUUAAUAGUGGUCGUGAUCAGACAAAAAAAAAAAAACAUGAUUUAUGAAUGAUUCAUAAUGCAAUCUAACACUUUUCUUCAACAAGGAAUAGUUGAACAUUUUGGGGAAAUAUGCUUAUUUCUUUAUGCUGGCGGUACCACGGUUUUGCACUCCUGUGGCUCACGUUACCGCAGUUUCACAAGCGUGUCGGAGAACUACAGUGGCCUUCUGGUAAUGUAAAAACGCAUAAGGCUCUCUUUAGAGCUAGAGUUUGGUUUGACCGUUCUGGGCUACUGUAGAAACAUGGCAGAGCAACAUGGCGGACUCCGUUAAGAGGACCCGCUCCCUGUGUAGAUAUGAAGGGUUCAUUCUAAGCUAACACAAUGAUUCUUAGUUUCAGGUGAUUAUACACUAAUGAAGACAUAAAUAUUAUAUUCCAUUUCUGCUAAUAGAUCCCCGAAAUGUUACACACUGUUCCUUUAAUGCACAGCCAUGAGAUCAUUAAUGAUGGAUCUCAUCUAGUUCUCUAAAUGAAAGCAAACGUUUACUUCCCAAAGUACUGAACUAUUUCUUUAAUGUAGCACAGACGGGAUGUUGGGAGACAAACUGGCACUUUACUGAAAAAAGGAGGGAGAGGAAGUUUAAUAUUUGUGUUUUGCUGAGUGAUGCUCAUUGAAAUUAUGUAGAUUUGAAGUGAGAUGUACUGCUGAGAAAGCUUUGCCUCUACGUGUACGUUGUUUUAUUCACAAAGUAGAGGGGUGCUCAGGAAUCAAAUAUCUAACAAGUAAAGACAGCAGCAGUUAUUAAAAAAAAAAAAGAAAUACCCAUUUCAGUAUGGUGCCUUUGCUUAGUCUGUGCCUUCUGAUAACAAGUAAUAUGAAACCUUUAAGUUUGAGCUCUCUGGCACAGAAUGCACUGUAUUCAUAGGGAGCCAGAAAGACAUUUAAAUAAAAUAAAGCUCUCCGUGAACACUACUUAGAUCACUCUCUUGGAGAAAAAAGGCUUACAAAGGUCUGAUUAAAAAAAAAAAGAAAUCAUAUUGUGUAAAGACUUACAUACUAAAAAAAAAUUAGAAAGGAAAAAAGGUGUGUCGUGUGAGCUAUGUAUCGCUGCUUUUCUUAUUUGAACAUAUGGGGUCAGAUUUAGCAUUUUGAUCUUGAGGAGACUGAAAUUGAUCACAAGAAUAAAACCACUGCAUCUGU